AAAAAGUAUUUAUGUUAAAUAGUAUCUGAUGAAGAGAAAGAUCGACAUUCUUCCAUUCUUUACUACUGUCACUCUCAUUUGCUUCUUCACAACACAAUACCUCUUUCUUUCUACAAAUGCAGCAACAUAUAAUAAGCAAAGCAGAAGAAAGCCUUUGCAUUUUAAGGACAAAGUUGAUUCAAUAAAUGAUUAUGUAACCUUAAGUUCCAAGUCAUCUGCUUCUCUUGAGUUUGACAACCCAAGAAUUGACAGUGCCUAUAUUGCUCUCCAAAAAUGGAAACGAUCAAUCAUCUCUGAUCCCAAGAACCUAACCGCCAACUGGGUGGGAUUUGAUGUGUGCAAUUACACCGGCAUCUUCUGCUGGGCUGCUCCUGACGAUUCAUCUAUUCAGACAGUAGCAGGGAUUGACCUAAAUGAUGGAGACAUAGCUGGCAACUUAGUUCACGAAUUAGGAUACCUUACAGACAUUGCACUAUUACAUCUCAACUCAAACAGAUUCUGUGGAAAAAUUCCAAGAAGUUUCAAGAAACUGAAGCUUCUUCAUGAGCUGGAUUUAAGCAACAAUCGUUUUGCAGGACGCUUUCCUAAUGUAGUUCUUGAAAUGCCAGAGCUCAAGUAUCUUGAUCUUCGGUUCAAUGAGUUUGAAGGUAAUGUUCCAAGGGAGCUAUUUGACAAAAAUCUGGAUGCAAUACUUUUGAACCAUAACAGAUUUGCUUUUGAAUUGCCCGAUAAUUUUGGAAAUUCACCAGCUUCCAUCAUUGUUCUUGCAAAUAAUGAUUUCCAUGGAUGCCUGCCAACAAGUUUGCUAAAAAUGUCAAAGACUUUAAAUGAGUUGCUCUUGAUGAACAAUAACUUGCAUUCAUGUUUGCCGAAGGAGAUUGGGUUGCUUAAGAAUUUGCAACUUUUUGAUGCAACUAAUAACAAGCUGGUGGGAGAGUUGCCCGAGGAAAUUGGAGAAUUGAUACUUUUGGAACAUCUAGAUGUGUCUCAUAAUAUGCUGAAAGGCACUAUUCCUAAGAGAGUGUGCUCCCUGCCAAAUUUGCAAAAUUUUACUUUUGCUUAUAACUAUAUCACUGGUGAGCCUCUUACGUGCUUGAUGCUGGAAGAUUUUGACGAUACCAGGAAUUGUCUGAGGGGUAGGCCAAUGCAGAGAUCUGUUUUGCAAUGUAAAACGGUUUUGUCUAGACAAAUUAAUUGUGAAGCUUUUAAUUGUAACAAGCCUUGCCCUUCUCCACCAACUUUACCACCGCCUUCUCCACCAACUUAUUCACCUCCUCCACCAUCACCUCCUUCUCAUUUGCCACCUCCCCGACCCCCGCCUUCCUCCCCUCAUCCUCCACAUCCACCUGUUUCUUCACCUCCACCACCAUCACCUUCUCUCUCUCCACCAGUUUAUUCACCUCCCCCACCAUUGUUUUCCCCUCAUCCACCACCAUCACCUUCUCUUCCUCCACCAGUUCAUUUGCCUCCACCCCCACCCCCACCCCCACCAAAUCCUUACAUUAAUUCCCCACCUCCACCCCCACCCAUGCAAUCUCCUCCACCACCUGUAAAAUCCCCACCAAGUUCACCUCCGCCUAUUCAAUCGCCUCCACCUGUACAUUCUCCUCCACUGCCUCCAAAGUUCCCACCACCCCCACCAAGUCCACCUCCUCCUAUGCAGUCUCCUCCACCACCACCCACUUAUCAACAACCACCACCACCUUCACAUAUAGAACCUCCUCUCCCUCCAUCACCUCCACCCCAGGAACUUCCGCCGCCGCCGCCACCUUCACAUAUAAAACCUCCUCUCCUUCCAUCACCUCCACCCCAGGAACAAUUGCCUCCACCGCCACCACCACCAGCUCCAAUAUAUGAUGGCCCAUUGCCACCAAUCAUUGGCACACCAUAUCCAUCGCCGCCUCCACCACCAUACUUUUACUAACUUUACAUUUUCGCCAUCCCUGAGAAGUGAAGCAUGUGAUACAACAUUAUUGUAACAAUCUACUAAUGGAAGAAUUCAAGAUAAAAAUACAAAUGAAGAGAGAAGAAAAUAUAAGGAAAGAGGGGGGUUGUCAGGAGAAAGCAUGAAUUUUCACGCUUGAUUUCAAGGUAAUAAGAUGAAGAUGUAUAAUUGAGAAAGUAGGUUGCAGGGGUUGUAACUACUGAGAAGAGAUUCAUAUUGGCUAUGUUUUUAAUGGGAAUAUCACAUUUUAUGCCACAAUUUAUUUUGUA